AUGCCAACAGAAAUGCGUCUGCAACGACAGCUGGAACACAACAAGCGACUUCGCGAACAAUACGAACUCGAGCGUAUUUCCGUAUCACAAGCCAGCUCUUUGCUUAUCAAGUACUGCAUGGACACCCGAGACGUCUUUGUAACGCAGGUCUGGGGCGACCUCGAUAAGCAUGAGGAUCCCUUCAUGGCCCAACCCAAAGGAUGCUGUGCCAUUAUGUAG